AUGGCGUCGUCGUCAGUCAACUCGGACCGGCCCGAUCUCUCGGCGCCCGUGGGAGACGCCGCCAACGAUCCCUUCUUCUCCGCCUCCUCGACCACCCCGUCACACCUGCGAUUCUCCGACUUUGACCAGGAGCUCUUCGCCGCCGGCCCCGGCUCCGACCCGCGACAGGCGAAGCGCGCCCUGGAAGCCCAUCUGGCAGAGACGGACCGUCGCCUCGACGAGGCCGGCAAGAUUGGAACGGCCCUCGUGUCCCAGCGCAAGGCCCUCGCCGAGCAGCUGCAGGAAAUCGAAAAGCUCCAGGCCGAGGAGGAGCUGGCGCCCGAGCUGCGCAAGAAGCUGGUCAGCAUCGAAAAGGAGUACAAUGACUUGGCGCGAGAGUCCGCGAGGGUCUUCUUGCCCAAGCAGAGAGUCGCGAGCACCACCGACAACCAAGGCUCGCCCUUUAUGCUGGACAGCCGAUCAAGCAGGCGAUCCGCCAGUCCCUCAAAACUCGAGAAUCAAUCCACGGGCUCACCCACCAAGCUGAGCGCUCCCAACCGUAAGCUGCGCAACCAGCCGACAAACAGAGUCCAGGACAUCGAGUUCGCCGCCGAGAUCAGCACAUCCCUCAUCGCCCAGGUCCGCAAUCUGCAGACUCUGCUCGGCGAGCGAGAUGAACAGGUCAAAGACCUCCGCAACGAUGUCGCCCGCCUCGAGGGCGACUCGGAGGCCCUGCAGCAGCGUCUAAGGGUUCUUGACGAGAGUGAACAUCGCUUCAAGGAAGAGAACUGGAACCUUCAGACCCGGCUGCAGGAGAUGACCGGCCAGCUAAAGGAGGCGUUUGACCGCGAGAAGAAGCUCGACCAUGCCCUUCACGCCUCCAAUGCCGCCAAGGCUGCCACUCAAAAGGAGCUGGACGACGUCAAGCUGUCCCUCUCCAAGCUGACCGAGGAGCACGCCUCCGCCACCAGGCACUACGACAUCGAGCUCGGCACUGCCAAGCGCGCCAUUGCCAUGGCCGACGGCGAGCGCUCCGCCAUGCAGCGCAAGAUUGACGAGCUGACCAGCCAGAACCUGGAGCUCGCCAAGGCCAUCGCUGCCCAGAGGGCCAAGGCCCAGGAGCGCGAGUCUUCUUCCGGCACUAGCGACGAGGAUCUGGAGGCUUCCGCUGUCGACAUCACGCCCGAGCAUUCGCCGCCGCAGUCGCCCAUGAAGGGCACCACCCCCAGGCACGCCAUGCUCGAGACCGAAACGCUCAAGACCUCCCUGCAGCAUGCCCAGCGAACCAUUCAGAGCCAGCGAAGCCAGCUGCACCGUGAAAAGACCGAGAAGCUCGAGUUCAGACGCAUCAUCCAGGACCUCCGCGACGAUUUGGAAAAGGCCAGGAACGAGCUCGAAAAGGGCCCUGCCCUGCCUCCCGUCCGCCGCGGCCGCAGGGUUGAAUCCAAGGAGGUCAAGGUCAGGCCGCCCAGGCUGCUUGGCAGCUUCCGGUCCAGCCGCCAGGAGGUCGUCAUCGAGGAGCCUGUCGUCACGGAAGAUCCCGAGUGGGAAGACACUCACGACGUCUCACCUCGAUCUUCCGGUCUUCGCCAACAAGGACAGCAGUCAACUGACGAUGAAGAAGAGCUUGUGCUCGAGUCUAUCGAGACCAGUGAUCAGUUUGAAAGUGCGGCCGAGGAAGUGACCGGCGACUCUGCCUUUGAAACUGCUCACGAGCCCUCUACCGAGACGGAUGACUUCCAGACGGGACAUGAGGACCUGUCCGAUGAGAGUGAUGCCCCUACUGAGGUUGCGCUCUCCGUACGCGGCUUCGGCAACAUGAGGCGGCCCCCUAGCCUACAGCCUGGCGGUUCGCGACAUGCCCAGCGGGAGUCCUUUGACAGUACCGCCUCCACCUCAACCGAAGAUGACGAGUUCCUCGAGUACAAUGAGUUCCGGACACCCACCGCCGCCGCCUCCUUGCGGAGAAUGCGCAUGAACAACCGCUUCUCGCAAUCUAGGAGAAGCUCUCGGCAGGAGAGCGAAGAGCCUCAGUUCCAAAGCCCCGGCGCAAGCUUCAGCAGCGGCGGUGGUGAUCCGGCAACGCCCGGCCAGAGUCUCUUUGCCGAGCUGCAGGACUUUGGCAGCGACGACGAAUCUAUCGCCUACACCCCCAGCCGCAGAAGCCUUCGCUCCAUGACGCCGGCCUCUACGCGCCGCGCCAUUACGCCCCCCCCUGCGGUUCCCCGGCUGCCCCGAGUCAUCAUGGUGGACAGCGGCGUCAUGACCGACCCUGUCGAGUUCGCUGCGGGCAUCGACCCCCUGGGCCACCGGGCGUCUCGCGGCUCGCUGCUCAGCGUGGGCGAGGUCGCCAGGCGACCGAGAUCCAUGGAGUCGGUCAUCCCCAACACCGACUUCCGCGCGUCCACGGCAUCCUGGCGGAGCGCCGAAGACGGGCUCGCGGGCUCGCGCCCCGCGUCCACAGUGGCCUACAGCGAUGCCGGCGCGCAGUACGACAUUGGCGAGAAACUGGCUCAGUUCCCUGUGCCGCCCUCGUCGCGGUCGCCCAGUGAGCCAGACGUGCUGCCGCCCCUCCCUGCCGCUGCGCCUGCGCCCCCUGCAGUCCUCAAUCUCUCCGCCAUCCAAUCCGAGCACAUCGAGCCUCUCGAGGAGGAGCAACACCAAGAGCCGGCACCGGCCCCUGUGCAACCUCCCACUCUCAGCUUGACACCAAUAGCGAUUGAGACUGUGGAGCCGUUAGCCGAGCCUGAGAUCCCCGCUCCCGACCUGAAGCUGUCUGUUAUCGUGGCCGAGCAGUUGGAACCCGAAGCUGAGCCUGACGUGCCGCCCCCGGAACUCACCCUGUCCAGCAUUUUUGCUCAUGCACUGGAGCCCCAGGCCGAACCAGAGGUGCCCCCCGCUGAGUUGACGCUGUCGACCAUUGUAAGCGAGGGCCUGGAGCCAGUAGUCGAGCCUGAAGUCCCCCCUCCAGUGCUCUCACUAUCGACAAUUGUAGGCGAAGGCCUGGAGCCAGUGGCCGAGCCCGAAAUCCCCCCUCCAGUCCUUUCUCUGUCUGCCAUUGCAACCGAGGGCUCGGAGCCGGUGGCAGAGCCAGACGUGCCUGCGCCUGUGCUGAGCUUCUCCGGCAUCGUUGCAGAGGGCUUGGAGCCCGAGGCGGAACCCGAAGCACCUGCGCCCGAGCUUACGCUGGCUUCCAUCCUAUCCGAGGAGAUCGAGCCCGUCGUCGAGGAACCGGAGUUGCCUGAGCUGACCGCUGUCGAGGCCAUCGCUCCAGAAGCCCCGGCUGCUGCCGCCUUGCCGGAGUUUAGCAUCUCGCCAAUCGUGGCGGAGCAAGUCGAACCCAUCGCCGAGCCCGCCCCCGAGCCCGUGCAGAUCAUCAUGGCGCCCCCACCGGCACCUCUCAGCUUCUCGUCGAUCCAGGCACAGCAGCUGGAGCCUAGGGAGCUCUGGCUGCCGAAGCUGACUCUCUCCACCAUUGCGGUGGAAAAGGUCGAGCCCGUUGCCGAGCCCGAGCCCGAGCCCCAGCCCGCUUCCGCGGCGCUGACAUUCUCUUCUCUUUCCUUCCAAAACACCAUUCCGUUCGAUGAGCUGCCCAUCGAUGAUGAGGAGCUGCUGCUGCCGCCUCAGCCCGAGCCUCAAUCCGAGCCGCAGCCCCAGGAGCCCCAAGCCCCCGUGCUUGGCCUCUCCUCCAUCGUCGCAGAGGAUGUCGAACCCGUGUUCCCUCUCGCUCCCCAGUUCGCCUUUUCUCCCAUCUCGUCCGUUGACACUCAGCCCAUCAGCCCGACAAAGAGAGGGGGAUUCAUUCUCCCCAAGGAUAUCAAGUCGCCCUUCAUUGAUGAUGGUGAUGAGAUAUCUGACAAGAACCUCUUCGCGUCAUAUGUCACCCGCAGGAGGCCCGAGAGCGUCCCCUCAUCACCCAUCAUUGCCGAGGAUGAAACGAGUCAGUCACGGCCCGUGUCGCCGAACGUCGACGUUUCCGAGUCACAGCAGCCAUUCAAGGAGAUUUCGGCCAAUGCAGGCCCCCGACCUGCUCAGCAGCUCACUCAGACCAGCGACCAUGGCGCCCAAACUUCGUUGACGUCGGGAGCCAUCGAUCAGCUGCUCAAGGCUGGGGCCGAGACUCCUGCAAAGAACCAUUCCGUCAGCGCUGUUAGCAGUCCCGACACCGUGGGUACCGUCAAGAUCAACCGUGCGCCUCAAGAAACUUACGACAGCCCCGUCUCAGCUGUCUCCGGCAAGAGCAGGGCGCUCGAGCCAGCGGCUGUCAUUGAGUCUACUACGCCGGCGCACCGACCUGGCAGUGCCACCAGUGCCAAGUCCUCGCUCGUGGGCGCGCCCCCUCUGCCGCCGAACCAUCAACAGAUGAUUCAAGCAGCCCGUGCCGGUUCAUCCCACGGGUCUCAGGGCGCUACCAUGGGCCCCCCUCUGUGGCCCGCCUCGGCGACGAAGCCAGCGCCGCGAACGCCAAACUCGACCAGGCCCAUGUCGCCUGCUUCCGGUCGCGGCACCCCUACUCCUCGCGCUCCUCCUCCCCGCGCCGGCUCGUCUCACGGCACUGCCGAGUACCCGCCGCCGCCGCCACCGCCGGCGGUCCGCCUCUCUGCCGCCAUGUCUCGACAAUCCUCGGUGUCCUCGUUCGCCUCGGAACUGGACAAUCGGUUCGGGAUGCGGGCCAGCGAGAUGGGCAUCGAUCCUAGCGGCUUCGGCGCCAACACCGACCCCAGGAUGAUCCAGGCCAUCACGCAGACCAUGAUUGGAGAGUAUAACUGGAAGUACACGCGCAAGGCUGGCCGGGGCGAGCUCUCGGAGAAGCGGCAUCGCCGCUACUUCUGGGUUCACCCAUACACGAGGACCAUCUACUGGAGCGAUAGGGACCCGUCAACGGCCGGGCGUACUGAGAUGAAGGCGAAGAGUCUCCCGAUCGAGGGCGUCCGGGUUGUGACAGACGACAACCCCAUGCCGCCUGGUCUCCACCGCAAGAGCCUGGUGAUUAUCUCGCCCGGCAGGACAAUCAAGUUUACCUGCACCACUGGCCAGCGACACGAGACGUGGUUCAACGCGCUGUCGUAUCUUUUGCUGAGAACCAGCAAUGGCCACGAUGGGCACUCUGACGCGGAGGAGAUGGUGGCUGACCUCGCCCGAGAAGAUGCUGAUGAGUUUAACCCUCAGUUCGGCCGAAGGGCCGCCAACGGCACUUCAAAACCCUCGGCCCCGUCCCUGUCAUCAUACAACUCCCGCACCACCCGGGACGGGUCGCUGGCCGAAGCCAUCUCCUUUGAGAUCCCCACGCUGACGCCAUCGGGGAAGCAUGCCUCACAUGCUUCAACGCCAAUCAAGCCUUCUAUUUCAGGCAGCAUCAGCAGCAGGGUGGGCUCGUACUGGAAGGUGGGCGGAUCCAAGCUGUCGGGAACGAUGCGUAGCAGGACGGCUAGCGCCCAGAAUGUGAGCAUCUACCAGGCCAGCGAGGUCCAUGAUAGUGCUGAGGACCUUCGUGAGAUGAUUGAGCGUCAAGAUAUGGAAGCGGACCGGCUCGAGAAUGUCAGAGCAUGCUGCGAUGGCAAACACGACGUCGGGACGCUUCCUCACACGACCAAGAGGGCGCGCAGUCACAAUCAUAGCCACAACCACCAUCAUGUCCAGUCCAGUGGGCAAUCUACCAUGAGCACUCCCCUGGCAUCUACGCGCUCUCGAGCAUAA